AAGGUUAGUUGUUUGCUGCAUUUCUUCACGUUGCCCGCCCUGCAGUCCAUUCUUUCCCAUGUGCCCCUAAGGUUUUUUGGACCGGUCGAUUCCUGCUAAAAUUCGUCCGAUUGUACCUAUUUCUUUCUGAUACUUGCUGUUCUACCUUCAUAAUAGGUAUUCUGUAAUUCGGCUUAUGGCUCCCGGCGAACUAGACUUGGACAGUGGGGUAGAGUCAUUGCCAGUAAGCAGCAAAGACAUGACACCAGAGAAACCCAAAGCUCUGCCAGAACUAGAAGACGACGAUGAUGAGGACUUAGAUGAAACCUUGGCCGAGAGAUUGUGGGGCUUGACUGAAAUGUUCCCUGAAUCUGUUCGUAAUGCAUCUUACUCACUCUCUACUGGUGCUGUAGGUGGUGCCAAAGGUUUAUAUAGCUUUUCCCGGUCAGCAUUUUGGGUGAUAUUUAGUUCCUCGCUUAUUCUCUUCGCUCCCGUUUUAUUGGAGGUUGAACGAGCUCAAAUGGAAGAACAACAACGCAACCAAACCAAACAGGUUCUGCUGGGACCAAAUUCUGCAAUGGCCAUGGGACCUCCUCAACGAUAAUCAUCACCUACUGGUACAAUAGAAAUAUUGUGGGACAUGAAGAAAACUCAUCGCUUGAGGAAGUUAGGAUAUGUAGUAGCCAAACUGUCGGUUAUGGGUUGUACCAUUGAAUCAAAGGUGUAUCUGAAGCUAGUAAAAUUCUAUACAGCAUUAACCAACUGAAAAGAGAUAGAAUCUUUAAUGAAGAGAUCUACUCAGCCAUGAAUUAAUUCAAUUGAACUUCAGUUUGGGGUACUUAAAUAACUAUUGUAACUCUAAAACAAUUUCCAUUUGGGUCAUCCUCUACUCUUCAGGUAUCAUAUUUUGUUUCAUGUAUAAUUCAGUUGUUACUGCAAGGCGCACUGCACAGGAUUAAUUUUUAUCCAUUGAAAUCUCUUGUUGCCAUUCUGAAAUUUACUAAAUUCACAUCUGUAAGUAUGUUCAAAUAGAUAAGACUGCUUAUGUUAUCCAUAAGUUUUGCCUUUCUCUGGUAUUAUCUACGGUCUACAAUUAGGCAUUUUUCUUCAGUUGUAGAAUCAAACCUACUGUACAAUAGUUGUAAUCCAGUUCCGAUCUCCAAAGGUUAGAGUAACUUGUACAAAUGUAGUAAAAUUGUUUUAUAGUGGUUAUUAAAAAAAAAACUAAUCACAUGUGGCUGAACCAAGACUACAGCAUAGUUAUAUGUCAGUCAAACUUUAAUGAUGUAAUAAUGCACUCUGGCCUUGGUUCUUACCUAUAGUGCAUAUCUGUUAGGUUUGUACGCAGCUAUGCUGUUUAUCUGUCAUGUUGAAUGCACUUCCAUCAAAUUUGUUGGUAAUCUUCAUUUUUUGAAGCAGCAGCAGGGUAUUUUAUGUAUUUUUUUGUUGUUGUUGAUACUCACAAUAAUGGAGUGGAAAAGGUGCUGUGGACUUGUGCACAUAAGAUCUUCUAGUCAUUGUUUUCAGUAUCUCACAUGAGUUUAGGUAUCUCCAUACUUCAAAACUUUAUUAAGGAGUGUUUCAUCUUGCUCAAUCAAACUAUGUGUUAGAAUGUAUUUUGCUACUGUGAGUUAGUGAGGAGUGGAAGUGGAUGAGCAUUUCCUAUAUUUCAAAUUCUGCAUUUGAUUGAUGUAUAUUUUAUUUGCUUCUGUUGGUAUUACAUGCUUCAAGGGAAGUUGCAUUUGGCUCA